AUGUUAAACAGAUCUGUUCUUUUCUGCUGGUCUGUCACUGCAUUUCUGCUGCCCCUCCCUCUAGCUGGGUUUGUCAAGUCGCCCAUGUCAGAAACUAAACUCACGGGGGACGCCUUUGAGCUGUACUGUGACGUGGUUGGGAACCCCACUCCAGAGAUCCAGUGGUGGUAUGCUGAAGUCAACCGGGCUGAAUCUUUCAAACAGCUAUGGGAUGGUGCUCGAAAGCGCCGUGUCACCAUUAACACUGCCUACGGGGUGAAUGGCGUGAGCGUGCUGAGAAUUACUCGCCUUACCUUGGAAGACUCUGGGACUUACGAGUGCAGGGCAAGCAACGAUCCCAGAAGGAAUGACUUGAGGCAAAAUCCUGCCAUAACGUGGAUACGAGCCCAGGCUACCAUAAGCGUCCUUCAGAAGCCCAGGAUCAAUGCCAGUAAUGAGGUGAUCAUUCUUUCCCCUUCACCUGCCAUCACACUACAGUGUAACCUCACAACAAGUCCCAGUCCCCUCAUCUACAGCUACUGGGUGAAAAAUGGUGAAGAGAUCUCAGGCACUAGGAGGUUAACAAAUACUACAGACCACAGAAUCCCAAAACCUAGAGCAGAUGAUUCAGGGGAAUAUCUCUGCGUGUUUGUAUUUGUCAGCUCUCCUCCAGCAAAUGCCAGUAUUGAAGUGAAAGCUGCUCCUGACAUUAUUGGGCACAAGAGAAGCGAGAACAAGAAUGAAGGGCAAGAAGCACAGUUGUAUUGCAAAUCUGUGGGCUACCCACAUCCUGAUUGGAUGUGGUAUAAGAAGGUCAAUGGGGUUUCUAUGGCAAUUGACAACUCUACUGGCCGCUUCUUCAUCACCAAUAAAGAGAACUAUACUGAGCUGCUGAUUGUGAACCUUCAGAUCAAUGAGGAUCCUGGCACAUAUGAAUGCAAUGCAACCAGCCCAAUUGGGAACACAGCAGAAGUUACCAUCCUACGUGUCCGCAGCCACUUGGCUCCUUUGUGGCCCUUCCUGGGGAUUCUGGCAGAGAUAAUUAUUCUUGUUGUUAUCAUUGUGGUGUAUGAGAAGAGGAAGCGGCCAGAUGAGGUUCCUGACGAUGAUGAACCAGCUGGACCAAUGAAAACGAAUUCCACAAACAACCACAAAGACAAAAAUCUACGCCAGAGAAACACAAAUUGAAAGUAUUGCUUAUAGCUUUAAGUUUGAGAGACUGAUGGAAAUAUCACCUGCUAAACUGAAUAAUUGGAAUGGUUGGUUUUCAAACUCCAGUCCUAUCUCUUAUCUCUGACGUUUUUUCUUUAAAGUGAGCAACAAUGACUGUCUAAAGCAUGCCUUAUUUAAUCUCUCCUUGUAAGAAUGACCUAGCUGAUACAUUUAAUAAUGCUUCAGUAUAAAGGGUGUAAACUAUUUUGGGCUUGAUGUGCUGUGAAUGUUGCUUUUUUCCCCCUUCAAGAAUAUUAAGUAUUACAAGUAAAAAAUCCAAUCUUGCAUGCAGCAUUUUUUACUUAAUGUAGCUGUUAAAAUUAGCAAAGCUCUAAGAUGCACUGCUGCCAUCUAGUGAUAACUUUUGUAAAGUACAGCAGAACCUAAAAUAUAUACAGUUAUAUAUUUAUAUUUUGGGGGAGGGGAACCAAACUACAUUAAAUGUUUUGAUUUUUCAGCUGCUAAAUUCAUUCCUUUUAUUGUAUGUCUGAGAGCUGAGAGAAUUAUUUCCAGUAGGUAAGAGAUAUAAUAUAAAUUGAACUUUAUCCUAAGGGCUUAAUCUAUAUAGAAAGACUUAGAUGUAUUAUAAUCAAGGAUUGCAAGAGCUGGAAUAGUUCUAUAGAAGGUGAUGAAGGAGGUGAUAAAGUAAGACACUUCAGUUUAUAAAUAUUAUUAUGAUUGCUUUUUAAGUGACUUUUUUGUUAAAUCAUGUAAAUUUCUCAUCUUUUUGCACUGAUGUGUUCACGUUCUUGUACAUUCAAUUCAGGCAGAAUUUUAUAAAUUUGUUUUUCUUUUGUUUUAAUGAUGUUGAUAUGUUACGGCAUGGUGAUAUUCUAUGCAACUGGUUUGUUUCAAUUAGACAUUCAUUUUUCAUGUUGAUUUAAAGACUGAUUGUAGAAUCACAGACCUAGCAGGAAUCUUAGACUGUGGCAAUACCUGUAGAUGCAUGAUUUUGUGGUGUGUGUGCUUGUCGAAGUGCAAUGUGUAUUAAAAAAAAGUGAAUUCACCUGUUUUUGAAAAUAAAAUACUGGUAAAAGGUU